GAGAAGGGCGUGCCGCUCACCGCCACCGCCAACGACGGCUGGCAGCCCAUCCACGCCGCCGCUGAGGGCGGCAAGCUCGAGACGGUGCAGUGGCUGCACGAGAAGGGCGUGCCGCUCACCGCCACCGACAACGACGGCAGGCAGCCCAUCCACUACGCCGCUGAGGGCGGCAAGCUCGAGACGGUGCAGUGGCUGCACGAGAAGGGCGUGCCGCUCACCGCCACCGACAACGACGGCUGGCAGCCCAUCCACUACGCCGCAAGGUGGGGCAAGCUCGAGACGGUGCAGUGGCUGCACGAGAAGGGCGUGCCGCUCACCGCCACCGCCAACGACGGCUGGCAGCCCAUCCACGCCGCCGCUUUGGGCGGCGAGGUCGAGACGGUGCAGUGGCUGCACGAGAAGGGCGUGCCGCUCACCGCCACCGCCAACGACGGCGGGCAGCCCAUCCACGCCGCCGCCAAGUUCGGCAAGCUCGAGACGGUGCAGUGGCUGCACGAGAAGGGCGUGCCGCUCACCGCCACCGACAACGACGGCAGGCAGCCCAUCCACUAUGCCGCCAAGUUCGGCGAGCUCGAGACGGUGCAGUGGCUGCACGAGAAGGGCGUGCCGCUCACCGCCACCGACAACGACGGCAGGCAGCCCAUCCACUACGCCGCAAGGUGGGGCAAGCUCGAGACGGUGCAGUGGCUGCACGAGAAGGGCGUGCCGCUC